CUUACUUUGAGAAGAAGAUAGGGCAGGUGCAGCUUCUCGCACACGACGCUGACCCCCCUAAAGACCUAGCCUUGCUUUGCCUGUGCUCGGUCGGCAGCCGUGGUUGGCGGCAGGACUGCAGAUCAGCGCAGGGCUGCAGAGCUAGGCCGCCGCGGCGGGGAGAUCGCGGCGGGUCGAGGGCACAGAACCCCACCCCAGCUCCCUUGAGCGGCAGCAGCAAGGCGGGGCACCAUGUCCACGCAAAAUAGGUACACCGUCACACCGACGGUGUCGGUGCUGGCGGUGAUGAAGGGGCGGCUGGCGGGCGCCACCAAGGGCCAUUCGCUGCUGAAGAAGAAGGCGGAUGCGCUCAACAUGCGGUUCCGCCAAAUCCUCAAAAAGAUUGUGGACACCAAGGAGGAGAUGGGGCGCGUCAUGAAGGCCUCCUUCUUCUCGCUGGCCCAGGCCAAGUACGCCACCGGCGACUUCAAGCACACCGUGUUUGACUCGGUGGACCAGGCGUCCAUCAAGGUCAAGGCCAGCACCGACAACGUGGCAGGCGUGAAGCUGCCCAAGUUUGAGAGCGUGAAGGAGGGGCAGGACAGCAAGCUGGGCCUCAUCGGGCUGGGCACCGGCGGCAAGCAGAUCCAGGAGUGCCGCAAGUCGUUCAUGACGGCGCUGGACCUGCUGGUGGAGCUGGCCUCGCUGCAGACCGCCUUCCUGACGCUGGACGAGGCGAUCAAGACCACCAACCGGCGCGUGAAUGCGCUGGAGCACGUGGUGAAGCCGCGGCUGGAGAACACGAUUGCCUACAUCAAGGGCGAGCUGGACGAGCUGGAGCGCGAGGAGUUCUUCCGGCUGAAGAAGGUGCAGAGCAACAAGAAGAAGCACGCUGAGCUGGCAGAGGCGAUCGAGGCGGCGCGGCGCAAGGGCGAAAACGGCACCGCGGCGCCGCCCAGCCAGAACAAGGCGGCCAACGUGCUGGACCAGGCAGCAGAUGCCGACAUCAUCUUCUGACCGGCUCAAGCAUGUGCUCUGCUGCUCAGGCCGUGCCGGCGCCUUGUGACGCCGUACGGCCAGUACUGCCGCUUGCGCGCGCCUUGUAUUCUGACAAAAAUCGCCACAGCAACAGUAAUUCAAGCCACACAAAUCC